CGGGCCGCAGGAGGCAGCAGCGGGCGGGGCGGAUACAGUGUGUCGAGGGCGGCGGUGGAUACGAUGUAACGAGGCCGGCCGGCCGCACACAAUGUAGCGAGGGCUGCGGCGGUCAGGUGGGGUGCUAUGGAAUAUGACGAGAAGCUCGCCCGGUUCCGGCAGGUCCACCUCAAUCCUUUCAACAAGCAGCUCGGGCCCUGGCAGCAUGAACAGGGGCCUGGCAAGGAGGCCCUGCAGGUCGCUUCUGAAGAGGCCCUGCCCGAGCUGCCCCCGGGAGAGCCAGAGUUCCGCUGUUCUGAGCGCGUGAUGGACCUAGGCCUGUCCGAGGACCACUUCGCCCGCCCUGUGGGCCUGUUCCUGGCCUCUGACAUCCAGCAGCUGCGGCAGGCCAUCCAGGAGUGCAAGCAGGUGAUCCUGGAGCUGCCGGAGCACUCGGAGAAGCAGAAGGACGCCGUGGUCAGGCUCAUCCACCUCCGGCUGAAGCUCCAGGAGCUGAAGGACCCCAGUGAGGAUGAGCCCAACAUCCGAGUCCUUCUCGAGCACCGAUUCUACAAGGAGAAGAGCAAGAGUGUGAAGCAAACCUGUGACAAGUGUCACACCGUCAUCUGGGGGCUCAUUCAGACCUGGUACACCUGCACAGGGUGUUAUUACCGCUGUCACAGCAAGUGUUUGAACCUCAUCUCCAAGCCCUGCGUGCGGUCCAAAGUCAGCCACCAGGCCGAGUAUGAGCUGAACAUCUGCCCCGAGGCAGGGCUGGACAGCCAGGAUUACCGCUGUGCUGAGUGCCGGGCACCCAUCUCUCUGCGGGGUGUGCCCAGCGAGGCCCGGCAGUGCGACUACACCGGCCAGUACUACUGCAGCCACUGCCACUGGAACGACCUGGCCGUCAUCCCAGCGCGUGUGGUGCACAACUGGGACUUCGAGCCGCGCAAGGUGUCCCGCGGCAGCAUGCGCUACCUGGCGCUGAUGGUGUCGAGGCCCGUGCUCCGGCUCCGGGAGAUCAACCCUCUGCUGUUCAACUAUGUGGAGGAGCUGGUGGAGAUCCGGAAGCUGCGCCAGGAUAUCUUGCUCAUGAAGCCGUAUUUCAUCACCUGCAGGGAGGCCAUGGCGGCACGCCUGCUCCUGCAGCUCCAGCACCGGCAGCACUUCGUGGAGAGCGACGAGAUGUACUCCGUGCAGGACCUGCUGGACGCGCGCACGGGCCGCCUGGGCUGCUCGCUGGCGGACACCCACACGCUGUUCGCCAAGCACAUCAAGCUGGACUGCGAGCGGUGCCAGGCCAAGGGCUUUGUGUGUGAGCUCUGCAGAGAGGGUGACGUGCUCUUCCCCUUCGACAGCCACACGUCGGUGUGCGCCGACUGCUCCGCCGUCUUCCACAGGGACUGCUACUACGACAAUUCCACCACGUGCCCUAGGUGUGCCCGCCUUACCUUGCGGAAGCAGUCACUCUUCCAGGAGCCUGGUCCAGACGUGGACGCCUAGAGCAACGGAACCCCUCGUGGGCCUGUCUGGGGCCCGCCCUGCCAGUUGUUGCCGAAGUCAAGGUGUUUCUUGUGCUCUGGAGACCCUAGGCUACAGCCCCUGGACCUCUCCCCAGCACCUCGGGGACGAUGGUAAGCUCUGGGGGAUGACUGGCCUCGUGGGGCAUCACAAGGACCAUCACCCCCUAGCGCUUACCGGGACUUGGGGCAGCCAUGCCUGGCUGUUUUCCGGCUGCUGUGUGGGCCAGGAUGUGCACCCCCUCCCCGAACUGCAGAGCUUUAAGGGGAGGGGAGUGGGGGAGGGACUCUUCUCAUCUCCCCUUGGCCAAGAGCCCCCCACGCCCUUGGGACCAAGGCUGCUGGGCCUGGGCCACCCUGGAAAUCCUGGAGGGCUUCCGGGGAGUGGCCGACAAGACUGAGGAUGCCAGCUGCAUACACUCAGCCUUGGCCUGAGUUUUAUCUGCGGUGGAUGGUUUGGGUUCUACGUGGAGGCUCCCUCCCCCAGCCCCUUGUCUCUCUGGGGACCUCUGGUUGUCCCUGGCUGGGGCUGUUCAUAACUAUCUCCCAAGGGCCCUGCCCCUGCCUCCCACCAGGGUUCUCUCUCUGGGUCCUCCUCUGGCGGGCCAGUCCAAGGGUUACUGGCUUUUUCUACACAACGUGGAAGGAAGGGGCCACCUAGCUGUCACCGCUGGGUGGACUGGCCGCCGCUCCUGCCUUGGCCCAGCCCAGCUUACCCUGGUGUUCCAAGCUGGGGGGCUGGGGGUCCCACCCAGAGAGGCUGCCCUGCUUCCAGGUGUGGAGCAGGGACUGUGCCCCCGGGGGAGGUCAGGGUUAGGUGAGAGGGCUGGUGACAGUAGGCCUGGGACCCAGUGUGCCGAGGAGCUGCGUCCUGCCACCACGGUGCCUGCCUGCAGAGACCUCGGAGACUCCGACCAGGGGCCUUCUGUUUGGGGGCCUGAGGUCAGGCGCCAGAAAUCUUUGCUCCAGCAGAGGAAGCCCGGGAUGCAGGACUGACCCCCAGCUAUCCAGUGGGGGAGCUGCGUUUGCGGGGACCCUUGGGAGACCCUGCCGUCCAGGGGAAGGCCCGUGGGAGGAGGACGUCUCAGGACACGGCUGCGCGGUUCUGCCCUCCUCCCCGCCCUGGAGUGUGCUGACUAUUGACACACAGGUGGGCGGUGGGCAGGGGGUACAGCCACCGGGGCGUCCAUCACCUUUGGGAAGCCCGAGCAGAGGCUCGGCCAGCAGAAAGGAAAGGCCAGCCUAGUUAGCUGGUGGGCCGACGUGGGCGGUGGGUAAAGACAGCGCCACCCCCUCCUCACCCCUCUGCACCCCAGGGAAGCCCUGUCCGGUGGCUUUAGGCGAUCCCUUCCUUCUGUGCUGAGCACAGUGGGAGGCUGGCCCCCAUCCGGACCCCUUUCUUCUCGGGGUUGAGCGGGGGUUAAAGGCUAAAUGCCCUCUUCCUACACCCCAGAUCUGCACACGUCUCACCGCAGCAUCGCAUUUCUGUCAUAAGGAUAUUGGCUGUCCCCGAAUUUACCGUGUCAUCAGCACACUAUUCCAGUUACUAUCACUGUGUCCAUAAGAAACGUUAGUAGCUGCCAUUUGUUGGGCAAAGUUGGCUCUUUUUUUUUUUUUUUUUAAACUACCCCCAUUACCUCUGCCCCAUCUCCCCCUUCUGGAUGACAAAUUCUUUAAACAGAAUCAUGUGUGGGUCUUUCUGAGUCCAGCUCGUGGUAGCAAGAACCCACCAAGGAACCAGUUAGCAUGGGCAGGCCCUCCCAGGAGAGCUGUGUAAUGGGCUGCAGCCCCUGUCUCACUAAAUCUGUGUUCUCCAGACCGUGGUGUGUGUGCUGAACUGCGGACAGGGCAGGGUUUGCUUGACAUAUGAAUCAAACACAGGUUUAGCCACAGCCCACAGCCCUCCCCAUCCAACGGGGUCGUCUGUAAUCUGGGCAUCGUGCCCAGGCCUCAGUGUGCUGACCCCUCUAAGAGACACUAAAACACAUCCCUGGUGGGGCUGUUUGGGUGCCAGGAAGCGCCGGGCACAGCCUGGCACACGGAGAAUGCUCAGUGAGUAGAAGCUAUGUCUUCUCUGCAUAACCCUCCCGGUGGAAAGACUGUCUCGUUAACGCACUGUAAGUAGUGCAGGCCCCAGCUCCUGGGAGCCUCUCGCGUCUUCACAAGCUGGACCCUCUGACAGGGCCCUUGGACUUCAGGAGAACCCUGCACGCCCUCCCAAAUUACAUUCAAACCUCUGUGUAUGUACAUUGCUCUAGAGAUAUGAGCCCUGGUUUUGACCAGAUCUCAAAGAAAACAUCAGGAAUGUGCUUGAGAAGGUGCCUUUAUCCAGCUACAUCCAGACAGGCUGGUAGACAGCAGCCCUACGGCCGAGGAGACCUGAGAGCUCGAUGGGGGCACAGGCAGAGGGUGGGGGAAAGGCGUGUGAGGGGUCCGUGGGCCUGGUGCUGGCACCCCCAGCUUCAAACAGGUAAGGCUGCACGUGGGCAUCACAAGACACAGCCUCCACCCACCCCCUUCAGGUAUGAAAGAGUACUUCCUUUUAACCUUUUAAUUUUGACAAAUUUAGGUUUACAGAAGUGUUGCAGAAACACUCCCAGGUACCCAUCUCCUGGAUUCCAUAAAUGUUAACAUCUUGCCCCAUUUGCUUCAUCCUUUCUCCACGCUCUUGUGAACCAUGUGGCAGUUAAGUUGCCCCUUUGCCUCUAAGUAACUCGUGUGUUACUCCCAAACAAGGACGUUGCCUUCCACGGCUGCAGUGCGGUCAUAACAUCAGGAAGUUGACAUUGAUUUGGGACCAUAAAACCUACAACAAACCGUAUUCAGAUUUUGCCAUUCAGUUGCCAUGUCAUUUUAGCUUCUAAUCUGGAAGGGUUCAUGACACUGACAUUGAAAAGCACAGGCUAGGGACGUCCCUGGUGGCGCAGUGGUUAAGAAUCUGCCUGCCAAUGCAGGGGACAUGGGUUUGAGCCCUGGUCCGGGAAGCUCCCACAUGCUGCGGAGCAACGAAGCCCAUGCGCCACAACUACUGAGCAUGUGCUCUAGAGCCCGCGAGCCACAAGUACUGAGCCUGCGAGCCACAACUGCUGCUACUGUGGCAGCACAACAACUGAAGCCUGUGUGCCUAGAGCCCCUGCUCUGCAACAAGAGAAGCCACCGCAAUGAGAAGCCCGCGUGCCGCAAGGAAGAGGAGCCCCCGCUCACCACAACUAGAGAAAGCCCACGUGCAGCGAUGAAGACCCAACGCGGCCAAAUAAAUAAAUUAAAAAAAAAAAAAGGAAAA